AUGGUCGACUACAACGCCUGGAACCCCUUCGCCCGUCGCGAGACUCAUACGCCCCAGUCCAUCACAGCAUACAAGGUCCUGACUCUCCUGACCUGGUUGCUUGCCGUCCUUACCUCGGUCUACUAUACUGUUGAAGAACCUCGGGAUGGCUUCACGAUCAGGAGGAGAAUAUGGGAUCUUAACGACCUAUACCCCACUGGAUUCACCCUAAAUCCCAUUAUUGCGAGCGUCUACUGGAUUCUUCUCUUCCUCUUGCAAGUCGGCUAUAUUAGCCAGCUCUUUUCUAGCGACGCUGCCCGCGUCACUGCCGCCGCCAAUGUCGGCAGCCACUUCAUCCUAAACAAUCUGCUCCACUUCGGAUUCGUGAUGCUCUUCGUCCGCUCCCACUUCAUCUGGGCUGAGGUGGUUCAGGUCAUCAACUUCUUCAACCUCCUGAAUCUGUACUUCCUCCACCGCACCAACCCAAUCCUCAUCCACAUCGCCUCUGCGUCGGGACCUCUGGCCUGGGCCUUCGUUGCUUUGUACUGGAAUGGUGCACUCAUGGUCCGCCAUCCCGAUCACCUUGUCGACAGAGUGUUUGCCAACAUCUUCAUCUGGUCCAUCCCCGUAUUUGGACACUUCUGCUUGUUGAUCUUCAAGGACUACACCAUCGGUUUCUCCCUCAGUAUCCUCUCCGCUGCUCUCGGUGUUGGCCAGUUCUUCCACCGGGUCGUCGCCCUCCAGUGGAUCUUUGCCUUCGUUAGCAUGGCUACCCUCUUCCUCAGCAGCAGCGCUGUCGCUAGUCGUGUCUGGCUUCGACGAGAAGCCCCCCCUCCCGCCGACCAGGAGCGCGCUCCUCUUCUCAACGACGAGAAUUAA